AAUUGGAUUUUGUUGGGAUCCAAUCCACGCCACCGAGUCCUUCGUUGUCCGGAGAAGACGGGAGAGGCAACUGCCACGGUCACCGACUCAUCGUCCCAUGCCAUGUUGAAUCCAAUGGCAGCCGUGUCAUCGUCGUCCUCCUCCGUCUUCAAGCAGUGGAUCGAGAGCUGUCGUCGCUCGAUAUAGGGCCAGCGCCACCUGAUCGAGGGCUAGUGUCGCCGGGAGGUACAUGCUAGCUGAAUCUGGCGGCGGGGUGCCCGUCAACCUCAAUCCCUCGCCCUUCUUCUCCCUCCAAGGUGCCCUCUCCCCUUCCUCAUCAGCGUCCUCUGCUCUUCAUGAGAGGGGAAUGCCCAUUGUGGAGAGGCUCGGCAUCCUCGGCGCCGCCUGAGGGAACCGCUGUCCACUACUGUUGUCGCCAAAACACCACCGAGCAACGGGGGUCGCCUUGGCUUCUUCCUUGCCAUUCCCUAGGUUCUUCGCUGCCGCGUCGAUCGGUUUCUUCCUCACCUCGACCCGAGCUCGCUGCGUGCCGGCUAGGGAAGGAGGAGAGGAGGGGCAGCACGGUGGCAGCUGGUAGAGGGGCUGGCCUGCCGAAGAAACCGAGGGGAAGGGAAAGUGGAGAGGAGGGUCUUUUUUUUUCCUUUUCUACUAUUUUUUUAUCAGCUGUCCUCCGCAUUCCUUUCCUUCCUUAAAUUCCCAUGUGCAGGAGUACUACGCAAUAAGGAAAGACAACAUACAAUUCACCUAAUUCUUCACUUAGACUAAAUAUGUACUUAAUUAACUUAAUAAGCUAGAAAUACAAUUUAUUUUCCGUUGCAACGCACAAACUCUUGGCUAGUAUCCAAAAAUUAUAUAGAAACAAAGUGUAAAGGACCAUCAAUCCAAAGACACUCAAUAAUCGUCUCCCAUACAUUUGGUCCUGGAUAAAACACUCCCUGACCACGUGCUCCAGUGGCUGACACAGCACCACAACCAAAUCUCAUCAACCUGGCUUCUAAAGAUAUAUGCUAUAUAAAAUAUAUUCUAGUAAAAAACAAUUUAUAUAGUAUGACGUUAUAUAUGCACAUAUCUGUGCAUCAGAAUUGGUUAGUCCAUUUUGUCAGCUAGUGAUCGAUCGAGCUAUAUAUGCAUAUAUUACUACGGAUCCUAUGCUAGCGAAGAUCGAGCUCACUACACAGAGAGAGUAGCUAGUUAGCCGCCGGCGAUGGAGACGACGACGACGGAGAGGCGGCGGCUGUUCGCGACGGAGAAGGUGGGCGGCAGGGCGGUGUACAGGCUGCAGGCGGCGACGGUGGCCGCCGGGAUACUGCUGGUGCUCUACUACAGGGCGACGCGCGUGCCGGCCGCCGGCGAAGGGCGGGCGGCGUGGCUGGGGAUGGCGGCGGCGGAGCUCUGGUUCGCCGUCUACUGGGUCAUCACGCAGUCCGUCCGGUGGUGCCCCGUCCGCCGCCGCACCUUCAAGAACAGGCUCGCCGAGAGAUACAAAGAAAAUCUACCUGGUGUGGAUGUUUUUGUAUGCACUGCAGACCCACACGCAGAGCCACCAAGCCUUGUCAUCUCUACCAUCCUAUCAGUCAUGGCAUACAAUUACCCAUCAGAAAAAAUAAGUGUGUAUCUUUCUGAUGAUGGUGGUUCAAUUCUUACUUUCUACGCUCUAUGGGAGGCAUCCAUGUUUGCAAAGAAAUGGCUACCAUUCUGCAGAAGAUAUAACAUUGAGCCAAGGUCCCCAGCUGCUUACUUCUCGGAAUCAGAAGGGCAUCACAAUCUGUGCUCCCCAAAAGAAUGGUCAUUUAUCAAGAACCUGUAUGAAGAAAUGAGAGAGAGAAUUGAUUCGGCUGUCAUGUCAGGAAAAAUUCCUGAAGAAAUUAAACUAAAGCAUAAAGGAUUUGAUGAAUGGAACUCGGAAAUGACCUCAAAAAAUCACCAGCCAAUUGUUCAGGUUCUGAUAGAUGGGAAAAGCCAAAAUGCAGUUGAUGACGACGGAAAUGUGCUACCAACACUGGUAUACAUGGCGCGCGAGAAGAGCCCUCAGUAUCACCAUAACUUCAAAGCCGGGGCAUUGAACGCUUUGAUAAGGGUAUCAGCACUGAUAAGUGACAGCCCUGUUAUCUUGAAUGUGGACUGUGACAUGUAUUCCAACAAUAGUGAUUCAAUCAGAGAUGCGUUGUGCUUCUUCCUUGAUGAAGAAAUGAGCCACAAAAUUGGAUUUGUCCAGUAUCCUCAGAACUACAACAAUAUGACCAAAAAUAAUAUAUAUGGGAACUCUCUCAAUGUUAUCAAUCAUGUGGAGAUGCGUGGUUUGGACAGUGCUGGUGGAUGUCUCUAUAUUGGCACAGGAUGCUUCCAUAGAAGAGAGAUCCUUUGUGGUAAGAAAUUCAGCAAAGAUUACAAGGAAGACUGGGGCAGAGGAAUAAAGGAAAGAGGACAUGAGAACAUAGAUGAGAUUGAAGAGAAGGCAAAAUCUUUAGCAACCUGCACUUAUGAACUUAGGACACAAUGGGGCAAUGAGAUUGGAGUGAAAUAUGGUUGCCCAGUAGAGGAUGUCAUCACUGGAUUGGCAAUACAUUGCCGAGGAUGGGAGUCAGUCUACAUGGAACCUCAAAGGGCAGCAUUUGUGGGUGUAGCUCCAGCAACACUUGCCCAGACAAUACUGCAACACAAGAGAUGGAGUGAGGGCAAUUUCACAAUUUUUCUUUCAAAGCACAACACCUUCCUGUUUGGACAUGGAAAAAUCAGCUUGCAGUUACAGAUGGGCUACUGCAUAUAUGGAUUAUGGGCAGCCAAUUCACUGCCUACAAUCUACUAUGUUAUGAUUCCAGCACUAGGUCUUGUCAAAGGCACUCCCCUAUUUCCAGAGAUUAUGAGUCCAUGGGCUACACCCUUCAUAUAUGUAUUUUGUGUGAAGACCCUCUACAGUCUUUAUGAGGCAUUAUUAUCUGGGGAUACAUUGAAAGGAUGGUGGAAUGGACAAAGGAUGUGGAUGGUGAAAAGAAUUACCUCAUAUCUAUAUGGCUUCAUUGACACCAUCCGAAAAUUGUUAGGAUUGUCAAAGAUGUCAUUUGAAAUUACAGCAAAGGUAAGUGAUGGCGAUGAAGCAAAGAGGUAUGAGCAAGAAAUCCUUGAGUUUGGGUCAUCAUCUCCUGAAUUUGUGAUCAUCGCAACUGUCGCAUUACUGAACUUCGUCUGCCUAGUUGCAGGGCUAAGCAAAAUAAUGGCAGGUGUGUGGAAUGUGUUUUUACCCCAGGUCAUUCUAUGUGGACUGAUAGUGAUCACUAAUAUCCCAAUUUAUGAGGCAAUGUUUGUGAGAAAGGAUAAGGGGAGAAUACCAUUACCAGUCACACUAGCUUCAAUUGGCUUUGUAAUGUUGGCAUUCCUGUUACCAAUAGUUUGAGGUCCUAAAAUGGGAAGCGAUGCCUUGUAAAAUGAUUAUGGAAAUAAAUUGCACUGCCUUUUCUUUCAA